AUGGGGGUGAGCAGGGGCAAGCAUUUAAAGUUCUCUUCAAUGCACCAUGUGCUGCUGGAGGUGGACGUAUUACAGGGCACCCUGCAGUGCCCAGAGUCUGGACGUCUCUUCCCCAUCAGCCACGGGAUCCCCAACAUGCUGCUAAAUGACGAGGAAACCGAGACUUAG